ACCCCACACCUUGCCGACAUCGCCAGACCUGGUCGGUAAAACGUAUAUCCAGCAUCAACCCCACGAUCGCAAGUCUACAGUUGCGCAGACUGAAAUAAAAGCAAUCGGAAACCUCGAAAUUGUUCCGCAUAUUUCAAUUUCACGAGAAUCGCAAUGGCGCCAAAUUGGGACAGACUCAUCCGUUUCAUCGCAACAGACGGACGAGAGCUGCGGGGCGAGCCAAUCCUACCCUCGGCGGAUUUCGACGUGGGCACCACGACGGAAGAGACGGGAUUGAAGGCAAAGGUCAUUGACGUUGCGGACGGCGAUGUGUUUAGCCCAGCUACAAAGGUGACAGACGAGACUGUUACGGUGAAGAAACUCCUGGGUCCUGUGACCACAGACGAAGUCCCCAUCAUCCGCUGCAUAGGGUUGAACUUUAUCAAGCAUAUCCAAGAAGGAGGCCGCACCCUGCCCCCCUUCCCCUCGACAUUCAUCAAAGCCAACACAGCCCUGAACGACCACAACGGCACCAUCGUCAUCCCCAAAAUCGCACAAGACAGCCAAGCCGACUACGAAGGCGAACUCUGCUUCAUCAUUUCCAAAGACGCAAAGGACGUGUCCGAAGCAGACGCAUACGACUACAUCGGCGGCUACCUGUCUGGCAAUGACGUCUCAUCGCGCAAGCUGCAGCGCGACCCGCAACUCGCCGGCACAGUACCGCAGUGGAACUUCAGCAAGGGAUUCGACACGUACGCGCCGCUGGGCCCGCAGAUUGUGUCUACGAAAGUCAUUCCCGAUCCGAGUAAGCUGCAUCUCAAGACGACGGUCAACGGGGAGGUGAGGCAGAGCGAGGGCAUCGAUGACUUGUGCUUCAAAGUGCCGUAUUUGGUUAGCUAUUGCAGUCAGGGCACGACGUUGAAGAAGGGCACUGUCGUCAUGACGGGGACGUGUGCGGGUGUCGGGUAUGCGAUGAAGCCGCCGCAGUUUUUGAAGCCGGGAGAUGUCGUCGAGGUUAAUCUGAGUCCUGCGGUUGGGACGUUGAGGAACGUAGUCGAGUAUGCGUAGAUAGGAAAUAAGGUGUUGAAUCGAUAAGUUCUGGGUCUUGUGAGGAAGCGAGUAUUGCAACCAUGGCAGAUAGUAAACUUUUCGAGGCUGAGAAGUAUGUCAAUGGCUUCUCUUCGUCCUCACAUAGGAAAUUGGCACGUCUCAUCACGGACUAAAUAUAUCAACAGCAUAUAUACUUUAAGAUGCAAUGAUUUCCUACGCAGUAGAAAAGCCGCGCCUUCGAAACGCCGAAAAUGCAGUUACAAUACAGACUCAACGCCACGACUAGUCCAAUCCAACAAGGACGUUAUAAACGUACAAGAACAGAUAGCAGAAUAGUAAAAUGC